UCCUAAAACCACGUGAACCGCUCCACGCCUCUCUCUGCCUUUCACCUCACUGCUCUCUAUUCUAUUUCUCUCCGCCAGCUAUGGCUCCUUCUUCAUCACCUACUCUUCGUACUACAAGUGAAGCGGAUGAGGAGAAGUAUGCGAAUGUGAAAUGGGAAGAGCUUGGAUUUGCUCUGACUCCAACAGAUUACAUGUAUGUAGCCAAAUGCAGACAAGGUGAGAGCUUUUCACAAGGAAAGAUCCUUCCUUAUGGGGAUAUUUCAAUCAGCCCUUGUUCUCCGAUUCUCAAUUAUGGCCAGGGACUAUUUGAAGGUCUCAAAGCUUACAGGACAGAAGACGACCGGGUUAUGAUUUUCAGGCCUGACCAAAACGCUCUUCGCAUGCAAGCUGGUGCGGAGAGGCUUUGUAUGACGUCCCCUUCUCUGGAGCUAUUCGUUGAUGCAGUUAAGCAAACUGUGCUUGCCAACAAGAAAUGGGUUCCUCCUCCGGGUAAAGGAACUUUGUAUAUAAGGCCUCUGCUAAUUGGGAGCGGUGAUACCCUUGGAGUAGCUCCAGCACCUGAAAACACAUUUCUCAUAUAUGCAUCUCCAGUGGGAGAUUACCAUAAGGUGAGCUCAGGCUUGGACCUCAAAGUUGAUCAUAAGCAUCACCGAGCCCAUUCAGGUGGAACAGGUGGUGUCAAGAGUUGCACAAACUAUUCUCCGGUUGUGAAAUCGUUGUUUGAAGCAAAGUCAUCGGGGUUCUCUGAUAUCCUGUUCCUGGAUGCAGCAACUAGUAGAAACAUCGAAGAGCUUAGUGCUUGUAACAUCUUCAUUGUCAAGGGAAACAUUGUGUCCACUCCACCAACUUCAGGAACCAUUUUACCUGGAGUCACAAGGAAAAGCAUAAGCGAGCUAGCUCGUGACAUUGGCUACCAGGUUCAAGAACGGGAUGUUUCUGUGGAUGAGCUACUAGAGGCAGAAGAAGUUUUCUGCACAGGGACUGCAGUGGUUGUUACAGCUGUUGAAACUGUGACCUUCCAUGACAAGAAGGUAAAAUACAGGACAGGAGAAGCAGCUUUGUCUAGGAAGCUUCGCUCGAUGUUAACCAAUAUUCAGAUGGGCAUUGUUGAAGAUAAGAAAGGUUGGAUGGUAGAAAUCGAUCGUUGUCAAGGCUGGUGAUCGUUGUAGUUUCUCCCUUUAAGUGUUUGUUUUCUAUAUGUGGGACAUGUAAUGGAAAAACCUUAAGGUACAAUGAUCACAGAUGCAAGAUCCUAUAAAAACAUCAUUCAAUAAGCGAUACAAAAUGAUCCCUUUGUAUUGCUGGAAAAGGAGAUAUCAAAACAAUAAAAAUCCUAUUGAACU